GGUCAAGGAAGUAGUUCUGUCGUUUGCGGGUCCGUCAUGAUGGAAGGCGCAAGCAAUACAGAUGCUGAGCUGACCAAAGCCAUAGCCAAUGCCAUGUUCAUGGCUUCCUCCGAGACCAACAAGCGUUUGAUGAAGCCGAUUCCGGUUGACAAUCUCGUCUGCCAGGAUUCGCCGUCCUGUGGUGCCCUGGGCAAAUGCUUGCCAUGCUUUGUUCGUCAGCAUGACAAGUUUGCUGAAUUGGGGGAUGGCCGCCUUUUCUCCAAGGCGCUCAAGGCCAUCUUUCGCGACUUUGUCAAGCAGGAGCAGACAUGCUUUGUGGUCGACUUUAUCAAGGACUUGGAAGCUUUCAUGUUCCUCGAGAGUGAAGAUAUCCAGAUCAAGGCUCGUCAUGGUGACUUGAAAACUUGGAAUCAAUUUGUCGCCGCGUUUGUUCCAAGUUCGCGAAAGGUCAAUUCCAAGAACUUUCCUCAUCGCCAGCCCGUGUUUGACGCGUUGACGUAUCUCUUGUCCACCUGGAACUUGACGCUUGAGUCACCUGCCAAAUGGGCAGUGGUCGAUAAGAACAGCCACGGUGCUCAUGACGUCGAUCGGCGCUGGCAAGCUUGCCAGCUGACCCCUCCCCGCUUGGAGGAUGCCUGUGCGGUCACUGCUCCUGCCAGUGAUUGCGUGCAACAAUCGGCGGCUUCGUCCCCCAUGUCGACCUUUGCCAUUCCACCUUACCCCGUUGAGAAGCCAGCCUCAAUGUUUGAUUUUCGUUGUCCUUCGCCGCUGGACGAAGAGUUGUUUGCGCAAUUGCUCGAGGACCCCGUUUUGUUUGGUGAAUUGUCAAACACCAUCGCCAGUCUUCCGGCCUCGCAAGAGAGUCAGUCCCAUGAAGCAAUGGCAGCAUUCCCAUGCGAUGAGAUUUUUCCUUGAAAAAUUUUCCGUCUCAUGUGGAUGUUGACAUUUCUUCUUGGGGUUGGCUCUCUUGGUGUAUUGCACAACCAACUUCUUGACAGAUCUCUGUCAAAGAAGAUUUCGUGUUUUGUGCCAUGCACCGCGGGCUUUGGUUGCGCUUGUGUGCCACGGAUUGUUCGUUCUCUUUGUUUCUCCCAACCAAAAUUUAAUUGAUCACGUCUUUCGUC